UCACAGAGUCAACGCUAUCGGACGAGGUCGAAGUGUUCGACCUAUUUACUAUUUCGCUAUAGACAUAAUAAACCGACCUGCUUGGCUGAAUGACGCGUGUGCAUUGUUUUCGUGCGAAAUUUAAAAAGUAAAUCUUGGAUUUUGAUUGGUUGUUGAAUUUGGCGGGAAAGUGUGUUUUAUCGAUGUUUGGAAUGUUAUAAGUUUUUGUUUUAAAACUUUGUGAAGUUUACGUCUUUGGAUAAGGUGUUAUCAGAAGAGUGUGGUGUGGGUGUUAUCUAAGUUAAACACCUAAACCCUACGAUGGAUGCAGAAAGACAGCCUCUUCUAUACCCUGGGACAGGGGAAACUAGGAAUCGACGAUACAGAGCACUAUCCUACGAAGAAGUACAAUCGGCGCGUCAAGAAGUCCACUGGCGAAGGAGUCGCUGCCUCCUCCAGUUCUUAUUCUGGGGAGUCAUGGCCAUGUGCCUGGCCACCAUCAUCUUCAUUCUGGCCACAUCGACCUGCCAUGACACGGAGUCUAGGGUUGUCACUGCGGUGCCCCCGGUCCAUAUGACGUUUGCGCCGCUGAUCACGCAUGGGAAAGCCCUGAAUGAUAUUUAUGAGUCGUAUGCUAUGUAGGUGGAUGACAGGGAUAAAAAUGAG